AUGUCUAAGUCGGAGUGCAACGGAGGACCAUUGGGCUCUCCAGAGGCACCACCCCAAUCAGCAGCCGAGGCUUUUGUGGAAGCAUCAGGCCAGGCCAUAGCAUGGACGCUUACGAGCGGGGGUUCAGAUACAUUGGGCUCGACUGGCAGCAUUGUUCAGAAGAAGCGUCAGCAGAGCAAGCAUAAGCCCCAGGGCUCCAACGUGGUGCACCGUUCACCACGAGCCCUCUUCUGUCUACGUUUGAACAAUCCCAUCCGCAGAGCGGCUAUCAGCAUAGUAGAGUGGAAACCUUUUGACAUCCUCAUCCUUAUGACAAUCUUUGCCAAUUGUGUGGCCUUAGGAGUCUAUAUUCCUUUUCCAGAAGAUGAUUCCAAUGUCUCCAACCACAACUUGAAACUGGAGAUGGUGAUUGCUUGUCUCUCUGAGGCAAAAUUCAGAAACACCUGUCUGCAUAUUGUCUUGAAUUCUAUCAUGAAAGCUAUGGUGCCCCUUCUGCACAUAGCCCUACUUGUCCUUUUUGUCAUCAUCAUCUAUGCCAUCAUUGGCUUGGAGCUCUUCAUUGGUCGCAUGCAUAAGACCUGCUUCAUCAUUGAUUCAGAUCUGGAGGCUGAGGAAGACCCAUCGCCUUGUGCUUUUUCUGGACACGGUCGGGAAUGCACAGUAAACAAUAGCGAAUGUCGUGGCAAGUGGGAUGGACCCAAUGGUGGAAUCACCAAUUUUGACAACUUCUUUUUUGCCAUGCUUACUGUCUUCCAAUGCAUUACCAUGGAAGGUUGGACGGAUGUUUUGUACUGGGUAAGUUAUGGCCUUCUGGGCAAAGGAACAGAACGCUCCUCUGUUCAUACUUCCUUGUAUCAACUAAAUUUGACCUCUUCCAUCCGAAGGGAAUUCUCUAAAGAACGAGAGAAGGCAAAAGCCCGGGGAGACUUCCAAAAGCUACGAGAGAAACAACAGAUGGAGGAAGACUUGACGGGCUAUCUGGAUUGGAUCAUGCAAGCAGAAGACAUCGAGCCUGAUGAAGACAAAGAUGAGACAAGUGAAAAGCAUACUUCCAGUCUUCCUGCCAGCGAAAGUACCUCGGUCAACACGGAGAACGUUGAAGAUGAAGAGCACCUUCAGAGCCACUGCUAUGAUGUGUGUUUACGAAAGUUUUCCAAGACCAAAUUUGGACGCCAUGUUCAGCGCAUCAACCGACUUUUUCGGAAGAAAUGUCGUUUGGCUGUCAAAUCUGUGACUUUCUACUGGAUAGUCCUGCUCCUUGUCUUUCUGAAUACCCUGACUAUUGCUUCUGAACAUUACAGGCAGCCUUAUUGGCUCACCCAAAUCCAAGGUGAGACUUACAAGACAUAG